UGGAGGUCAUCGGUUCCGAGCUGCUAAUUACCACCCACGACAGGUAUCAGAUGCACAUACCAGGGGGCUCCUCUUCCGCGCAACCGACCGCUAAUUGUUUACACGGCAUCCAUUGCACUUUGUUUAUGCGAAGUAAACAAUGCAGGUGCAGGCGAACCGUCCAUCCUAGCUGACGGGCCACUCUUGCUCUCUCCGGCAGAGAUACUUCAGUGCUGCCACACAUAUCUCUCUAUAUCGCUCACUCGCUGAACCUCUGAAAAUAGAAGCUCAUCGCCGGCGACCGACCUCUCAUUCAGUUCUCGAUGCCACGCGAAUUCGCACGCGCCGCUCCGCCAAAUCCGCGAAAACUAAUACAUAAUCCGCAAUUCGAAUUGUGCCGAAACAAAUCACCGAUCAGCGUUCAUCGCAGACGUCUAGUAACAUUUGUCUAGUGAAUCACUUGAACGAUAAACUCGGUGAUACAGUGCUCAGUGACAUAACCCUGAUUUAGUGCUCGUCUGUGACAGUCACCUCCUAUACAAUCAACAAUGCUGAAGUUGUUCAAAAAGUCGAAAGACAAGAUCCCCAAGUCGGAGAUCAUCACCGAGCCGAAGGAGCCCAAGACGCCGCCGGUCUCCAAGUGCGGCAAACCCCUCCAGCUGGACAACUGUCGAUGGGAGCGCCGGCUGCACAAAGAGUUGAUGUCCCUGAUCAAGGAGCCGCCGCCGGGCGUUACCGUUGACACUGAGAGCGUACAGCAAAAUUUAUCCGAAUGGAAAAUAAAUAUUAAAGGUUUCGAGGGCACACUUUACGAGGGCGAGGACUUCCAGCUGCUGUUCAAAUUCAACAAUAAAUAUCCCUUCGAUUCGCCAGAGGUGACCUUCAUUGGCAGCAACAUACCAGUGCAUCCUCAUGUUUAUAGCAAUGGACACAUCUGCCUAUCCAUUCUGACCGAGGACUGGUCGCCGGCGCUGUCGGUGCAAUCGGUGUGCCUUAGCAUAGCCUCCAUGUUGAGCAGCUGUCGCGAGAAAAAGCGUCCGCCGGAUAACACGCUCUACGUAAAGACCUGCAAUAAAAAUCCCAAAAAGACUAAAUGGUGGUAUCACGACGACUCUGUUUAGUUAGAAGUGCAAUUUAUGACUACUGCCUGCUGAUUUUUGCUUUGCGCAUCCAACUACACACACACGUAUUCGAACACCUGAAACUGAAAGAAACACAGAAGUAGAACAAGUCGAACGCGAAUGCCGAUGCAUCAGGAUUACGGAACAAUGAUCUGUUCCCAGGGUGCCAACGCCCCAUUCCAGACCCAAGUGAACUCGGAUGCGGAUGCAACUCGUUGCCGUUGCAGCAAAGCAAAUCAUGUCAACAAUGAAACUAUCAGUAGUGUAUCGCAAACAAUCAUAGCUCCGCCGGGCACUAGCAUAUGGUUGCACGGCCCGCAACCAUUUCUAAUACUAGCUGUAUGUUCAAUCAUCCAAGGCGUGUGCGAAAAACUAUAUUUAAAUGUUAACAUUUUAAUUAGAUUGUUAAGACCAAAUUUAUGUCUAAAUUAAACGUUAUGCUACCAUCUAA